AAUUACGUAGAACAAUUUCGAAAUACCACUCGUGGUAUUUAUGCCAAAUAUCACUACAAAUUGUGCUAUUACCUAUGCAAAUUGCUUACCAUUAUGCUUCGACACCGCAAUUGGUAAGCACCCCUCACUACGAAGAGGGAGACUGGACCAAGUUAGAUCUUGCAUAACAAUGUUGACUAGAUCCCGAGCGUUUUUCAUAGCAUCAAUUCUGCGAACUAUUCGGCCAGGUUUAUUCUCCAAGACGGGAAAUACACUUGAAAGCUCCGUUGAGGUAGUUAAGCCUCCUUUAGAAGACAUGGGUGACGGUAAAACAAAGACAGCAACCUUUGCUAUGAGCUGAUUUUGGUUCCCUGAGGCCCAGUUCGGAUGUGCUCAUGGCGUCGUCCGAACUAAGGUCGGAUACACAGGCGGAUCAAAGCCGUUUCCGACCUACACCAGCCUGUAAGUUUAGGGAAAGGGUCGGGGGCUUAACAGAAAAAUUUUCCCGUUUUCGUUUUUAGUUUUACUUUGUGUUUGAGGUUAUAUGUAAAAUGAGAAAUUUCACGUUGUACUUCGAUCUUGCUUGUAAACUAGUAAUUACAUAAGCUUAAAAUCGUAAUGUCAUUUGUACAAGUAUGUUCUCUCAGUGUAAGUGCUGAGUUCGACGGCAAAAUACAUGCGAUCUUUGAAGAUUAAGUAAGAGCCAAGUUUGGCUUGUUGUGAAAAACUUUAUCUUUCGAUGCUGGCCACAAAACCAUCUGUAGGAGUGAAUUUUUGUAGACAUUGGAGAUCGCGAGCUUAUUUUUUGCUUUCCAAGCCUUGUAUUUUCAGUUUUUUCGUUCGAUCAUUGUGAAAACCCUGUUGAAAUGAACAAUUUUUCUGACCCUUUAUAGUAUUUUGUAAAAUGGAGGAUAAACUUCGUCUCUAUAAACCUUAUAAUUUGCUGAGUCAGGCUUUGUUUGAAUAUUGUUGGAGGUUGUAGGGUAGAGUCAUUAUGCAAUUGCUGAGUCACACUUAGUCUUAAACAUUCUCCCCGGAAGGAAGGGGGGGAGGGGGGGGGACACAAGGGAAGUUGGGUUGAGAUGUGUCACCAAAUCCAAGGCCUUGAAACCCUGACUUGCUUAAAGACAAAAAUUGUUUAUUUUGCUUCAAGAAACCUCAGUUUAUAUCCCUGAUUAAUUUCUCUUGACAUACAGAAUAAAGCAUUUUUUACAACCAACAUCUUGGACAUGGGUUUUUGGAAGAAAUCUAUUGAUGUUGGGACCACAAAUGUAACCACUUAUUACUCUUUUGGCCUUGAAAUUACAUUGUCUUUAGUUCAAGUUAACACAAACUGUAACAGUGGAGUAGAUGCAACAUUAUAGUUUAAUUAUCCCAGAAAUCAAGGGAAUAACAUUGUUUGUGUUGUUCUUUUAUCCUACAGCGGGGAUCACACAGAGACUGUACAACUGGAGUAUGAUCCAAACCGCACAACAUACAGUGAUCUGUUGACACGGUUUUGGAAAGAUCAUGAUCCUACAGCUCUGCACAAAGCACAGUACAUGUCAGCAAUAUUUUACCAUGAUGAAGAACAGAAGAAGCUUGCAGAACAGACACGUAAUGAGCAUCAGAAGACUCUAAGAAGGCCCAUUGUAACCAAGAUUCUUCCUGCAAAAAGAUUCUAUGAUGCAGAAGAGUAUGCGAAAUAAAAUUUCAUUUACAUUAGCUUGUCACUAACUGAACUGCCACGUUGAAAAAGUGACUUCUCCCGAAAUGUGUCUCUAGAAAAGCAGUGGGGAUCCCAGGGAUGAGGGUGAAGACUGGAAAUCCCCCCCCCCCCACUUCAUUAUAAAAAAAAAAACAUGCAAACACACAUGCACACCAAAAAGGUGCUCAUCAGAGAAGAGGGUUGAAAAAGAUUUUUUGAAUGAAAGGGUCAUAUUUCUCUCCAUCCACUAUUUACUUGUCUAGGGAGGAAAUUUAUAUGUUUGUCAUUCUUAACGCUUCUUUAAUUUUUUUUUUUUUUUUAAAUGAACACUAGUGAGCAACACAAGCACAAAGAGAUAAUAAUAUUAAUUAUUGUUGAAAUAUUUUUCUUUUCCUUUCUCAGUUAUCACCAAAAGUACCUGCUGCGUCAGAAACCCUCACUGCUUAGGAGCCUUGGGUUAAACAGUGUGGAGCUAAUAAAUUCAUCUGUGGUAGCAAGAUUAAAUGGCUACAUGGGAGGCUAUGGGUCCCUGAAAGAUUUUGAAGCUGAAGUAGAUGAUCUAAAAAUCACUGAUGCACAAGCUGAUAUGGUGCGCAAGAUCAUAAGCAGCAAGCGAUUCUAAAUGGUGUCAAACUUGUUCUCUCAGGUUCUGCAACCUGAAAAUACCUCUAGUUUUUCUCUAAAGUGGAAUCCCAUUUUUUCGAACCACCAUGGGAAAAGCAAACUGGUUCCAGUUACAGUAUCAGGAGGUUUGAAAAAUUGGGGCUAAAAUUAGUGUUUGACUGAUGAAGAGAAGUUACAGGCUCAUUAAAUAUCAAAACUUACUUGAAGGAGAAUGGCUCAAUGCUAAUAAUAAUAUUAUAAUAUAUAUGAAGCUCCCAAUAUACUAGGUAGUUUUUCGUGCAGUGUUUAAGCAAGUUCUGUUGCAUGAAACAUUGCUUAGUGUGACACUCGCUGGAAUGAAUGUGUCUGGCAACACUGCAGCAAUCUUAAGAAAUAGCAAAUAAAUUAUUGUUCGUUUUAGUUUGCAAGAAAAUUGCAGGGUAAGGUAAAGCUAGUAACAGCUGGGUGCGAGAGAAGUGCUGUUCAAUACCUCGGGGCUACUGGAUUAAUCUAUUGGCCUUGCAUCAUUAUUUUCAUUGUAAGUUGUCUGAUGAGCAAGCAAAUUCAUUUGGUAAGAGAAAGGGGUUUGUUAGGCCCGUAUAACUGCUCCAGGCUAGUAAUCUUCAGCAAGGGAAGGCAAUUAUUUAAUUAAUUUCCAUCACACCCUACUCUUGUGUG